AUGGAUGAUUCCAUCGAGUCAGAGGUCGCGGCACCUCCACUCCGGACUUCUUCGCCCUCCCCGUCUAUCUCCCCGACACCAGCCAUCUCCUCCUGUCCAUCCCCAGACCGUAUCUUUUCUACCAUAUCCUCUCGGUCAACCUCGUCCGCCACCUCCGCCGAUGCCCGAUCUUCCGUCUCCAUCUCAUCGAAACGACGGGGGUACAUUCGACCCCAGGGGGCGGAGUUUGCAGAAUCCGCGAAGAAUCGAGAAAGUGUGAUGAGUCUGGGCAGUAUUGCCCACCUACAAUACUACUUUGCCCGCACUGGCCUGUUGGAUGGCAAAGGCGGGCAUGCUCGGGAGUGGAAAAAGAAGAAGCCAGAGGAGGUUCCCAGAUUGCUGAUGACUCCCAAUGCACGGUUCAUCGACGAUCUGACGGAGAGCCCCACGGACGAGGAGGCUAUGGAUCUUGGGGAGGAUGGUAUCGAGGAGGCCGAAGAGAUGAUGCUCCCUCCCACCGUGAGCACCUAUAGUAUCAAAACGCACUAUAUACCUCCCCCUCCUGACUUGGCCGCGCUGCGCAAGGAUUUGUGUUCUGCGUUGGAUAAGGCCGAGAAGAGCAUUGAGACUCUCGGAUCUCAGAAGGAGCCUCCUCCCGACAUGAACCCGCCGCGGAUUAGUCUCUCGCCGGAGGGGGUAGCGGAUCCCGACGAUGUCGCUCCGCCCUCCACCCCCGCAGAGGGUAUCCCUCAGGGUUGGCAAGAGAUCCGGGGCAUGCGUAUCUUGGAUGUGGUCACGCUUGCAAUUCGCGCAGCCAAGAUAUACUACACCGCUCACGAGCGUCCGGAGCGACUGGCAUCGAUUAAAAGCGAGUGGAAGAUCCGACAGGAGUUGUUCAAUGUCCUGGAAGUCCUCAAGCGGUGGGCUUCUCGUAAUUUUGCCGGGGGGCUCCGCGAGGAUGAACAAUCAUCCAUUCUGGGCUGGAUGUCCAACGUCCGGUCCAUGUUGGCCCAAGAGAUCCAACUGGAGAAGCAGGAAGCCAGCGAACGAAAGAGCUGGACCUGGACCGGCGGCGACUGGACCGGUCGGGAGCGGGAGCGCGAAGAAAGCUUCUUGCGUAGCCUGAUGGAUUCCAACGCGCCAUUACCCCUCUGGACAGCCCCGGAGAACGGUUCACUACCCACCGCCCUGCUUACACGGCUUCGGGAUGGCCGCGACCUAGUCCUCAUCCAUAACCAGGCAGUGCGGAAGUCCAAGCGGCUUUUCGGCGAGAUCAAAACGUACCACGAGGACGUUGGAAAACCGUAUCGCUGUGCUGAAAAUCUCCGAUUCUGGGUCAAGGCAGCGGAGAUCCGGUGGGAGACCAAGCUGGAGUUGGACGUGAUGGGGGUCGUCCAGGGCAAUAGUGACGAGGCCUGGAGGAAGUUCGACCAGGCCCUCCUCACAUGGUGUCACGCCGUGCGCCAGGAGUUGACACGCGACUGGCAGGAGGCAGCCGCCCGCAGCAACGACGCAAGGCCUCCGAACGAGGACGAAUUGGAGGGGUGA